AUGGACAGAACACAUUGGUUUUGGGAGAUCCUCAGUCAGCUGGCAGCAAGAAAGGCCGAGAACAUGAGAGACACCUGGAAGGGGGACCUGAUGAUAGAGUGUUCCCCUAAGUCAGCGUUAGACGCUGCGCCCUCCCCUAGGGUUCUCAACACACAUGUCCAGUUUGAUCAACUGCCCACACAGAUAGCAGAGAAGGCAUGCAAAAUUGUACACGUGAUGAGGAACCCAAAAGACGUGUCUGUGUCGUUUUACAACCAUCACAAAGCGUUAAAGGACAUGUAUAACUACCACGGGGAAUGGAAGGACUACCACCAGAUGUUUCUGGAUGGGCUGGUUGACUGGGGUUCCUGGUUUGACAACACUAUCACCUUCAUAAGAGCAAAGCAAGACAAUCCUCAACUUCCAAUAAAGCUUAUGUAUUAUGAAGACAUGAAACUGGACCCGGUCGCUGGCGUGCAGGAGUUGGCUGACUUCAUUGGUGUGGAGGUGGAUGAGGAACUUAUCCAAGGCAUCUGCGAUAAAUGUGGCUUUGAAAAUAUGAAAACCGUUGCCUUGGAAGUUGGUAAAGGACUGAUACAAGACGGAGUGCCGCAGGUAUUCAGAAAAGGUGGUGUUGGGGACUGGAAGAACUGGUACACGGUGGCACAGAACGAGGAAUUUGACAAGGUCUACUCUGAGAAGAUGACAGGAUAUGAUCUCCCACUUAAAUAUUCGAUUUGA